CAGCAAACGGAACGAAACAAAACAUCACAGCCCACCUGCCGUCCAUACGAGUAGCGAGCCCCGACCACAGACCAUAGAAACACCUGGAUAUCCUUAUAUUCAAUACUGAUAUCGGCACAAAUACCUAGAUAUCUUGCCAUCAUGGCCACGCAGUAUCAGAAUGACAUUCCCUUCUCUGCGAGCCAUUCCCAGCAGUCGUUCAAACUUCUCGAGUUGCCUCCAGAGCUCUUAGCACUGCUCGAGUCAGAAAACCCGCCAGUGUUUGUCCAACCCACCAAUGCCUUGCGCCUCCGUCCACAACACAAGAGCUGACAUGCCCACUAGGCUCUCGAUAACAUCCUCUCCUGCUACCGAGACGACGCCCGGCUAUGCGAUCCUUUCUUCGGGCGACAAGAAAUACCAAAUGCGACAAAAGAACACCUCCAACCCCAUCAUGCUCCUGGAACCAUCUUCCACCAAACCUACCGAUGCUGAUGAUGGCGAGACCUUUAUAUCACAGCCUUCCGUCACUGCAAUCUCCAAAAUUGAGGAUACAAUUGAGCUGAUUCUGCAGGAAGGUGAGGCGAAAGCUCCACCAAAGGUCAACAAAUGGCAUGAGAAGUUUGCAAAAAGCCGAGCUGGAAAAUAA